AUGUACUCCUCGCGGCCUCCGCCGUCUUCCCAGUCAAGUCAGCAUUGCAAGUUUUCCGUUCCCGAAGCUUGUGAACGUAUCAAAGAUGAAUUAUCCACUCUGCAGCAACAAUGUCAUAAUUUGAAAUUAGAAUAUGAAAAAAUCGCGCAAGAGAAAACAGAACUUCAGCGGCACCACCUUUUGUACUACGAAAUAACUUACGGUCUAAAUGUUGAGAUGCAUAAACAGCAUCAGUCACAGGUGGCUGCAGCCGUUGAACGUGCAAAGCAAGUUACGCUAUCCGAGCUCAGCACCCUAAUCAUGCAGGAAGAGUUGAAAUCAAACAAAUUUCCAAACGGUCCUUUAGCUCCUUUUGAUCAAAUGGACUUUUUAAAGACCGUACAGCAGCAGCAACAAUUUUUGAUGGCUGCGGGUUCUACUGGACUAUCUGGUGGAUUACCUUACAGUCUAAGUACACCUACCAUGGGCAGUAUUGCAGACGGACCGGCUUCACUGUCUCUAUCAGUAACAAAAGGAUCUACAUCUCAGUCAGUUUCUUCGCUUAACUGUCCUCCCAUUCCCGCCCCACUCCCGAGCAGUGGUGCUAUGAGCAGUAGCCUCGCAAACAGUCUAUCCGCCUUGGCCGGUGGUGUGAGUACUCCGAGUGGCCUGACCCUCCCACCGAAUCCUUUCUUUCCGCAACUUGGGAACUCAACAUCGACCACUCCCAGCAAUGCGCCUAAUAUGUGCACUAUGCCAACCUCCCAACAACAAGCAUUGCCUCCUGUGACAGCAAAUCCGGCCUUUUUCUCCGGUCUAGCACAGUCCCACCCAGCCGUUGCCGCUGCAAUGGCUGCGGUGGCCGCAGCUGGAUUCCCACCGCCCGUUUCCUGUGUUGCUGGUGGUUCUUUAAACCCCAUGUCAGCCGGUCUGCUGAACACAAGUACAGGUAGUGCCAUCGGAACUAAUAAUCCCGCCUACCCGUCCCAAUUACCUGCACAUAUGAACGGAAUGAUGUCUGGUCCUCCUUUCCCCGGAGCCGGAAUGCCAACCACCAACUCACUCCCACCACUGUCUUCUGCUCCAUCGUGUUCCGUCUCGUCUGCACUCCUAUCAUCCAGUCCUUAUCCGGGAGCCCCGACAGGAUCCGGUCAUCAUCCGAACUCGUUCUCUCCUNUCCUAAUUCGUCGUUUGCUGCGUCCACCGGACCCCGAUUACCUGGCAUGCCGAUAG